CAGUCACAACAAGAGGAGGAAGAGGAAAAACGACAACUCUGGAUCUGGAUCGUCGUCGACUGCCUUGCGUGACAACACAGGGAUCGUCCAGGCUUUGGGUUGCUCCCGUUUGAUCUGCACCAUGUCUGAUUUACUGCGAUACAUCGACUACGACCACAAAGCCACCUUCCUGAAGAUGCUGAACCAGCAGAGGAUGGAGGGCGAGCACUGCGACGUGGUGGUGGUGGUGGAGAACAUCGAGUUCAGGGCGCACCGCUGCGUCCUCGCCGCCUGCAGCAACUACUUCAAGAAGCUCUUCAAGAAGCAGAGCGACGAGGACAACUCCAUCGUGGAGCUGGACUUCAUCCGCUCGGACAUCUUCGAGGAGGUGCUCAACUACAUGUACACGGCCCGGCUGGCGGUGCGCAAGAAGGACAUCAACAUGAUGAUGUCGUCGGGCCAGAUCCUCGGCAUCAACUUCCUGGACAACCUGUGCACGCAGAAGCGGGAGCUGACCAACAUGAAGACCCGGGAGAACCAGGCGCCGGACGACCACGGCAUGAGGGCGCAGGACGCCAUCCUGAAGGAGCUGGCCAUGGAGGAGGUGAGGAAGAACAGCUUCUACGACCAGGGCAUGGACGCCAUAGGGCCCGGCGGCUCGCACGUCUCCCAGCCGCACAACUACAACACGGGCAUGAGCAAGGACCCCCACGCCCACGGCUGGGGCUCGUCCACGUCCGCCACCGACAUGAAGCUGGAGUACCUCCUGUACGGCCACCGCGACCACAACACCUGCCCGAGCGCCGGGGCCAAGUCCCUGGACCACAACGCCAAGAAGGAGCGUCUGCUGACCGCCAACCGCCCGUACGGCUGCGAGCACUGCCCCAAAGCCUUCACCACCGCCGCCCACCUCAAGGAGCACCUGAAGAUCCACUCGGGCUUCAAGCCGCACCGCUGCGUGGUCUGCGGCAAGGCCUUCAUCCGGGGGCCCGACCUGAAGCGGCACGAGAGGGUCCACAGCAACGAGCGGCCCUUCGCCUGCCAGAUGUGCGAAAAGGCCUUCAAGCACAAGUCCCACCUGAAGGACCACGAGCGGCAGCACCGGGGCGAGCGGCCCUUCAACUGCGGCUCCUGCGACAAGGCCUUCAUCAAGGCGUCGGACCUGAAGCGCCACUGGAACACCAUGCACAGCGCCAACCCCCGCAGACAGAUGUCGCCCGCCGCCUCCCAGCACGCCCAGGGCGACGCCGCCGACCAGAGAGACUGGAAACUGGAGACCGGGCCACACUCGCACAACUCUGGGGACUGCUGAGCCCUCCAGCACGCACACGCACACACACACACACACACACACACACACACACACAC